AGUUGUCGCCUGGCCCUCGACCGAGGAGCACCCCUACCUGAGUCAGUCCGCUGCUCGCUGCCUCCGAGCAAGUCGCGCCGACCUGGAGUACCGUGGAUUAGUACAGUGUGACAGUGCAGUGCAGCGCAGUGUAUGUGUGGCCAUGGAGCAGAGCGAACGGCCUGUGUGUCUGGAGGACGCUGUGGACCUUCACCAAGUGCUUCACCGUGACCAGAGAACAGUCAGAGUGAGGGUGGCCGUCGACGCCCCGCGGACCGCGACGCCCCGCCGUCUGCGCCGCGUGGCCCGACCCCCCUCGGAGUGCGAACAGUGUCAGCUCGCGCAGCUAGCGCGCCGCGGAGUGCAACCCGUCUGUGAUCUUAGUGUUCCUCAAUUCCGGAUAUGCCACCGACACACAUCGUCGUCCUUAAGAUCAAGAUCGUCCUCAUCCUGGUUCCCCGUCGGCUCCGUCAUAAGAUGGCUCCUCGCCGCGCUGUGCGUCCUGGCCCUGCUGCCGCCGCGCGCCAUGGCCGCCCCCACGCCCACCCGGUCGCAGCCCAAGUGGAUCAACCCGUGCGGCCUCAACAAGCAGGACGUGGAGCAGGAGCUGGAGUACCAGAACGAGUCCGCCGCCAGCGUCACCGACCUGCUGCAGCGCAUCGUCACCCUGUCCAAGAACGCGCUGGACCACGCCGUGCAGUUCAGAGUAGCCUAUGUGGAGGAGACGUUCCAGAAGGACUACGAGGACCACCACCGCAGCUGGCAGAUCCACCACUACGACUGGCUGCCCAACAUCCCCAAGCAGCUGGGCGAGAAGGUCCAGGAGGAGCACCUGCGCGCACAAUCGUUGGAAGUGGCGCUCAAGGACAUCUACAAGUACCUGCAGCAGUACGCCGUCGGCCUGGAGCAGGUCGUCAUCGACCAAAAAGCCAGCGGCAGCUCCUACAAGGACAAGUUCGACUACGACGAGAGCCUGCUGAGAAACGUUCUGUGCGAAGUGCAGGUAGCCAUGCAGGAGCAGGGCGUGGUCCAGCACCCCGACGUCUCACCCGACAUCAUGGGCCCCGCGUUCCGCGACCCCACCAUGAACUCCACGUUCAGGAACGUCCGGGACUGGAUCAUCCUCAGGGACUACAUGAACGGCCUGGAGUACAUUAUCCAGACGCUCGAGUACUUCAGCAAGCCCCAGCACUAGGCCGCUCGCACCCACCCAAAGUCUCCGUCCUGCCUGAGCCGUUUCGGACCCACAAAUCAUGCCGCAGUGGUGUGGCGGCGAUUCGAAGGUCGCGCGUUCGAAUCCUAUCAGAAACCUUUUAUUGUUGUUGUUGUUGUCAUUUGCGCUGGUGCACUUUGUAGUUUCCUUCACGAAACGGAUCUCUCACUAUCCCAGCGCCUUAAUUUAUCAACUUAAUUUAUUUUAUUUAUGUGUCGCGGCGCUUUUUUUAUACCAACUGACUAUUUCAGCAAAAUUACUGUUUUGAAUGUGCUAUGCGAAGUGACUAAGAUUUUCGUUUAAUUUGUUGUUGAAAUUAAAUGUUGAAAAUUGUUGAUGUGUGUUUUGGCACGCGAACAACUUAACACUGUGAGACUGCCUUUCUUCUUGUCCAAAUGCUUCCUAGCCACUUAGUGUUAUGUUAGUCUUUUUUAUGUUUUGAACUUGUUUUUUUUUUUACCACCUUGGCCAUUGUACAAGUAUUUGAUAGUUGUGUCACAAGUGUAUGUCAAAUUAUUCGUCUGACAAGGCCCAGUGCCGCGCUGACCUGCACUUUGCACGUAGAAGCAAUGCAUCGAACAAAUAAUCUGUUGUCUCAGAUUGGGCUAAAAUUUUAAUGGUAGUCGUUUUGAAUUGUUAAUUAACGAAUUUACCUGAAGUUAAUGUAAUUGACAUGUCUUGUUGAAAGAGAAAACUGUAUUUGCCUAAUUUAUACAAAUUUGAUCACUGUUUUAUGUCAAAACAUGAGUUACAAUGCUUAAAAAUUAAUUUAUUUAAAGCACAUUUUUGUGUUGAUUCUUAUUUUCUAUUUAUAUUAUUAUUACUAAUCUGUCUGUGAUAUUUAUGUAGCUGUUCCUUUGUAUACUAACGACGUUACUCAGUAAUGGAGGUGUAUUAUCAAUGAGGCAAGUUACAGACAAAACCCGUGUUUAUGUGAUAUGCCACCAUAUGAUCAUCCUAAAUUACUACUUCCUAAAAUAUUGUAUUAUUGUCACUGUUAAAAACUCAUUCUUUGGUUGCUGUCGUCAUUUGUUCAUUAAAUCCUAUUUAAACAUUCGAUGUUGAGAAUAAAUAUUGUUACAAAUAUGCACAAA